AAGAAGCUUUGGCUUCCUCCUCCGCAGGUUCUAGAGCACUCCAGACCCCCGCCGCCGCCGAGCGGUCCCUCCGUCUCCACCACACCACGCCACGGCCGACCAAGGCGAGGAGAGACCAACCAAACCAAAGAGAGCACUACAAAAGGAGGAGGGAGAGAGCCAGAAGCUCUACCACGUUCGACCACGCACGCACGCACGCACGCCUGAAGAAUCAAUCUCGCAGCUCCAGCAGCGGCGGCGCCUCUCCGGCGGCAUGGCCAAGGAAGGAGCAGGAGGAGGCCCCGACUGGAACGGCCUGCUCAAGUGGAGCCUCGCCCACGGCAGCGACGGCACCAACCCGCCCCGCGCGCUCAGCGAGGAGGACAGGAAAUGGUUUAUGGAGGCGAUGCAGGCAAAUACAGUCGAUGUUGUUGGCAGGAUGAAGGAGAUUGCCCAGGUGAUGAAAACCCCUGAUGAUGUGUUGCAGUCUCAUGGCGUCACUCCAGAGAACAUUGAAGAUAUGCUUGAUGAGUUACAAGAGCAUGUGGAAUCCAUUGAUAUGGCAAAUGAUCUUCAUUCUAUUGGUGGACUAGAUCCUCUACUUGGUUACUUAAAAAAUUCACAUGCUGGCAUCCGAGCAAAGGCAGCAGAAGUUGUGAGUACGGUUGUUCAGAAUAACCCGAAAAGCCAGCAACUUGUCAUGGAAUCUAAUGGACUGGAGCCACUAUUGACAAACUUCAGGUCUGAUCCUAGCACGACUGCGCGCACAAAAGCUCUUGGAGCUAUCUCUUCUCUGAUUCGCAAUAACCAAUCUGGUCUUGCUGCAUUUCGUCUAGGAAAUGGACAUGCUGCACUGAAAGAUGCACUUGGUUCUGAUGAUGCUAGACUUCAGAGGAAAGCUCUGCAUCUCACACAGUACCUGCUGAACAACAAGGCGGAUAGGAACGUUGCUGAAAAGAUUGGUCUUCCGAAUCAACUUAUACACCUCGCAUCCAGCGACGAUUCUGGAGUCCGGGAGGCUGCCCUGGGCGGCCUUCUAGAGCUGGCGCGUGACAAGACACCAGCUGCACGCAACGCUCUACCUGACCAAGACAAGCUGAAAGACGUCCUGAAGAGCCGAAUCGAAGGCAUCAGCGCCAUGGACGCAGACGACCUGCAAGCAGCCCGUGAGGAGCGGCAGCUGGUGGACUCCCUCUGGAAAGAGUGCUAUGGCGAGCCAUCUUCUCUAAGGGAGAAGGGCCUCGUGGUGCUCCCCGGGGAGGACGCGCCGCAGCAGCCGCCGCCAGAUGUCGUGGGGAAGAUGUUUGAGCCGCCACUCCGUGUGUGGGCUGUGCCGAGGCCUGCUCCAGCAGAGGACCCCGACUCUGGGAGCGGGAAGAAGGACCCACCCCUUCUGCUAGGACCGUGACCGUCUUCCAGCUCCAGUUGGUAGAACCAUCUCGGAAGCCUGGAGAGCAGGCAUGGUGGAAAUCUAGUGAUUCUGCGCGUACAACUCUGUAACUUUUAUUUGGUUGAGUUUGACAGAUGCUUGUGUUAUUAUCCUUUGCCUCUUAAGCGACGAUCUUUUCACAUA